AUGCCUUUUGCGACAGCUGUGGAUGAGAAUGAUAGUAUAGCUGCGUACAAUGCACGAAGAGUGCUGUAUUUCCAAGAGGAGCCAGAGUUUGAGGAGUUACCAGUAACAAAUAUAUCCUUAGCCUUGCUAGUAUCUGCUUCUGCUGACUAUGCCAAGGUUCUCUGUUCAACUAGAGCUAUCACCUUCCCCAUCACCAUAGUCCAACAGAUGGAAGAACACACAUUGGUUCUGUCAAACAAAGGAACAGUCCCAGCUGUAUUCUCUUGGACACAGCAGAACCAGGCUCAGAGUUGUCUGGAUGACUCCAGGAAGGCCAGUUACGGUAAUGUGUCUAUGAGCUCAGAGAGGCCCAGACUGCAGCCAAUCACUGUGGAUAGAAAACCAAAGGAAGUCAAAAGACCAGCCACGUGUUCGUGUGUUAAGCCUUGCCCCUUACCCAGUUCAGUGGAUCUGGUAUCAAGGGAUGAUUCAGUAUUGGAGCUGCCCAGGUCCAGACAGGAUGUGCCCAAGUUCGGUUGGCCCAUAAACGUGGAACCGAUAAUAGGAAAGAUACAGGUUGGAGAGCAGAUAACCUGUGUCGUCAGAUUCCAACCUAAAGAAUUAUCCAGCUUUUCCUGCGAGUUACAACUAAGUGUAGAGAACGAGGAGCCCGGUGCAGAGAUGGUUGUAGUUCGGGUGGAGGGUUGCAGUAUGCUACCCUGCUGCCAUCUGGUGGUGGCUGACUGUCUGCCCUCCUCUCUCCCAGACCAGUUGCAGCUACAGUUCAGAGUGCUAGGCGUUGGUCGCCAGAUCCACAAGUGUGUUACUGUUGUCAACACGACCAGUGAGAACUACACAUUCCAUUGGAGAGAGCUCAGCCGGGCUAGAUUGUCACCAUUCGCCUGUUCUGUCCCGUCCAGCAAGCUCAAUGCUACCAAACACAUGGAGGUAUUGUUCACCUUCAUACCAAAGGAAACUGGCACGUACCGGUCCAUGUGGCAGCUGUCAAUACCUGAACGCCAGGUAGAGCAGAGUCUACAGCUGUUAGGUAUUGCGUCUGAACCUUCCCUUUGUUUUUUGCCAAACUUCCUUUGUCUUCGCACCACUCUCAUAGGUGUGAGAAGUGAGGGCAAAGUCCAACUUGUCAAUCAGGAGGAGUGUGACCUCAAGUUCACUGUUGACCCCAACUCCCUGUACUCUGAGACCUGGGGACAGGCCGUGCAAGUGUUACCUAUGAAAGGUGUUGUCCCAGCACAGUCUCAGAUUGACAUCAAGUUAUGCCUCACACCAACACAGGCAGGGGAGGGUCAGUUUCAUGUGAAGGUAAGUGUACAACUACUCAGAUGUCCACUGACCUUGGACCUCACGGCUCAGUGUUACCAAGUACAGCCUGUGCUUGUCUACCAUGACAGCAACAGAGCAAGCCACCACAUGCGUUCUGACAAGGAUAACUGCAUAGACAUGGGCGUUAUUGAGACACGUAUCCCUAUGAUACUCAGUUUCACAUUGAAAAACGUUGGCAAGCCUGUGUUCCACUACCAUUGGCUGUGGGGCUCGGAUUCUAUGGUGUCAAUCAGUGCCGCCACCACAAGCGGGUUGGUUGGACCCCAGGCCAAGCUGGGCCUAAAUCUGCAGUUGACAGCUCUGAGGCGAACUGCUUUCCAUCAACUCAAAGUCCAGUUGUUUAUCAGCAAGGGGCCUACUUUUGUGCUGCUGUUGAGUGGAACCGCUGCCCAGCCCGUGUUCAAGUUUUCCUUUUGUCAGCACAAUUUUGGGCCUUGCUUCGUGCAGAACUCUGAUGUUGAUUACAAUAAGACCGACCUGACGUUCAGCAACAUGGACGAGAAUCCUCUCUUGAUUGAAGGGCAGUUUGAUAACAAGCAGCACCUGAGGGUAGACAUCUCUCAAACAACCGUGGUUCCUAGGUCUGAGCUCUCAAUACCAAUAGUGUUCCUGCCGAGAGCUUGUCAGAGUUACAGGGAGACAGUGGGCUUUCUGAUCAAUGGUACUUACCAGUAUAUUGUGACUAUCAGUGGACGAGGCGUAAACUUUAAUGUAAUGCUGGUAAAUCCUGCGGAUAAGCUGAUCAGCUUAGAAGGUACAAUGGUGGGGCGGGCUAAGAAGAGAAUGGUGACUAUAAUUAACCACAGUGAGGCCUGCGUCUGUCCCACAGUCAGCCUGGAGCCGCCUGUACCCGAAGUCACACUAGCUCCGGCCGAGCCUGUACGGCUGAAACCUGGACAGGAGUCUACCCUGGCUGUCAGAUUCUCUGCUAACACUCUUGUCAAGGGAAUAGAGCAGGAGUUGUGUGUAAGAUUCCAAGACAACACACGGGUGCUGUCUACUGUCAGAGCCAGUUCUGUUGGAAUGAAAGUGUUCCUGGACCGUCAGUUUGUACCGUUUGGUAGCACUGUCUUGGGAAACACAGCUACUAGUAGACUGCUGCUGUGUAACAGUGGGGACUUGGCUGUCAGGUGAGAGUUCUACAGAGAGAUUCCAUAUUGUGGAGUAAAACUAGUUAUUAUAUUCACUAGGUACUAAUACAGUUUCAAAAUACUUCAUGUUUCAAAAUAUAAUAUCUAAACUUCUUUAAUCACAGCAAUACCAAUUUAAACAUCGAUAAUAUCCAAAGUUUGAUCAACUUCUACUGAUAAAUAAGCUCACAAGUUACUGACUCGGUAUCACAAACACGAAGAUUCACUUUAAUGCAGGAUUGUGUGGAAAUUAAUGUGAGUGAUCUUUUUACAUGAUUGCAUGUGAAAACUAGCCGAGAUUGGUUGCUAAUUUUAGAGGGGAAAGUCAGAUAACAAAUUCUCUAUCACUUAUUCACCAGUAUAAGGAGAAUAAGGACAAACAUUUUGUGGAAGUUGUUUUUUGACCCCCUGCAAGUCAGCGUGAUACUUGGUGUAAACCAUAAGACUGCGACCAAGCUUAGCAUUAAACUUGGCAAGACUGUUGCAGUGAUUAGCUUUUAACCCUUCAUAUGCCACUAAUAAAUCCAUAAAUUUCCUUUAACACGAAGACAAGUAAA